AUGGCCAGGAUCAAUUCUCUUACAACUGUAACCCUCCUCCUCCUCCUCCUAUGUUUGAUGCUGGCUCGAGCCAUAGCCCGGCCCGGCCCGACUUCCGACGAGGCGACUCACAUGGAAACUCCUUCCACGGAUCAAUAUGAAGUGGAGAAGAUAAAAAAAGAAGAAGGUAGCUUAUCAUCAUGUGGUGGAGGUGAGGAAGAUGAAUGCAUGAGGAGAUCACUUCAAGCUCAUCUUGAUUAUAUCUACACACAGAGCAAUAAGCAGCAGCCAUAG